CCCAGAGCACGCCACCCAAUCUCGCAGAAAAAUCCUUGUGAAGUGACAGCAAGACGUAGUCUAGUAUCUCACAAGGAACACUGUUGCUGUCUCACAGUGUCACCAGGGAGGUGUCAGUGGAAGAAAGCACGAACGAUUACUCCAAUCGAAAAAAAUGGGGGACUUCCAGGUUGCUGGACCAGUCCUCGCCCAUAAUCUGAGCAAUUUUGGUCUCCCGGUGCCUCUGCAUGCGUCAACGCGCUCAGACCCUGCUCAAGACAGUCUGGUUGAUCUACCGAGUGGCUAUCCAUCCCGGGCAUGCAAGUCGUUCGCCUGGAACAAGGCAGACUUUGUGGGAGAAGCAAGUUACGUUUACCGCCUAUCUGCGGCAGAGGUAACAGAGUUACGACGGGCUAAGGAUGAUUUCAAAGCUCAAGAAUUGGACGGGAACUUGGUAAACCAGGAUAACUUCCUUCUACCAAGCCUUGGCCCCAAAUUGCGGACCAUAGGCGAUGAUAUCUACAAUGGCAAGGGCUUCCAUGUUAUCCGUGGGCUUGACCCAGGUGACUAUUCUGUCGAAGACCUUGCCAUCAUUCGGCUAGGAGUUCAGGCAUACAUUGCCGAUCAAUGCGGCCGCCAAGACCAUCGAGGCAACAUGCUAGUGCACAUUGUGGCCGAUAACUCGUCUGAGAUAAAACUCGGCCAUCACCGCCAUUCGACCUCAGCCAUUACAUUCCACAACGAGGAAGCCGGCGAUGUGAUAAGCUGGCUCACCCGCGGUACCUCGAAGACUGGAGGUAGAUGCAUUCUUGCCCCUGUUUACACGAUUUACAAUAUCCUUGCCGCACAUCGCCCGGAUGUCAUCCGGACACUUAGCAAGUCUGAUUGGCCUAUUGCGCUCCCUCGCUUCCAGUGCCGUCCCUUGCUGUUCUGCCACGGCGGCAGGGUGAUUAUGAACUUCAGUCGCGCGCCUCUGCUAGGGAGCGCCACCCAUCCCAGACCGGGGCAUCUCCCUCAGCUUAACGAUCGCCAGUGCGAGGCGCUGGAUCUAGUGGAGACCAUCGCCCGGGCUCUACAGAUGGAGAUCAAGACCCGCAGUGGCGACAUGCACUUCAUCAACAACUUCACCAUCUUGCACCGGCGGGAGGGGUUCGUGGAUGGUGCAUCGCCAGAUGAGAAGCGGCAUCUGGUCCGCAUGCGACUGCGGAGCUCGAGUAUGGGGUGGUCCAUACCAGAGAGUCUCCACCAAGAAUGGACAGAUGCAUUCGCAGAGAAUGGCCCCAAGACGUGGCACUUGGAGCCGAUGCCCGGGGACGCUUUUCCCCUCCGCAAGUAUACGAACUAGAGAUGGGGCACGGUUACAAGGAAUAAGGUGGUCACAGUCUUCGGUUGGCUACGGUUGUCUGCUUCAAUUCCCCCUCUAGGCAAGUCAUUCCAGGGAGUUCAGGUUCGGCGGAAGAU